UAUAUAAAUGAUCUGAUCACUCCCGCCAGUGUCUCAUCCACAAACAGAUAUCAUGUCUUGCAUGAUCUUACUGCUAAACUCAAGGUGAGAUUGCAAUAGCAUAGAAGCAAAACGACUUGUGGAAAAAAUAAGAAGUGUUUGAAACUGAGCCGGACUAGCCCACUUAGCAGAACUUAAAUCCUCUACAGGAUCUAACAUGGCGUGGCAACAGGUCGGUGGUUCCCAAACUUUGUACAGUCCCGUACCACUUCAGGAAUUCAAUCUCCAGGCCUCAGACCUGGAGAGGGCUAUUGAAACUCUGGUUUAUAACUUCCACGCAGCAUCUGCCAACAACAGACCAACUCUGACCGAAGAUGAAUUCACAUUUUUUCUCAGGAGACACCUGCCCAACCUGGAGAGGGACCGGGACACAGGGUGGAUUCUGCAGCGGAUGGGAGUGGGGAGUGGACAAGACAUCAGCUUUGAGCACUUCUGGGAAGAGAUUAAACAUUUGGCCCAACAAAACACUCCUGAGCCCUCUCCUCGGACAUGUUGGCAAAUAUUAAUUGACUUUUUCUGGAUUUGAAUGCAGUUAUCCAAAUUACUCAGCAAAUUUGCUUAGGAAAUUUGACUUUAUAAAAGUUUAUGUUUCGUUUGUUGUAAAGUGAACACUGCAUAUUCUGUCCUUUUUAGGGUACAGUUGGUAUAGAUCCUUACUCACCACCCUUUUUUUCUGAAAGAAUAUUUGACUUUGAAAUGAUUUGACUAUUAAUACUAUUUGACUGAUUAAGCCAAAAUCCACAAUGAAGCGUGAUUUCCAUUUGAAGAACUGCAGAAAUAAAAAAGAUUUCUUCUGAUCACCACA